ACGGUGGAAAUUCUGAACUAUCCCUUUAAGUGGCGAGACAAAAGGUGCCAGGUCUGACGUGUUACAAGGACUUCGCGCGUACAGGUACAGCAACCUGUUCCUGUUUUAGAAGCGAUGCGGGAAGGGGGCGUUUCUUCCUGCUUCCAGCUCCGAUCCAAGCAGGAUGAAGGUGCAUCUCAUGCUCCCUGUGGCGCUGCUGACGUCUGUUCUUUUGGUGGGAUUACUAAAGAUCCGCAAAAGGGACCAUGAUAAGGAAGAGAAGCGGAACCGGUUCCAGGACAUCAAGCUGCGGGUGACCAGCGAUGUCCUCCAGGGGUACCAGAAAGAGAAGGCCGAGAGGCAGAACGAGCUGGAAAAGGUCCAGGGCGAGCUGAAGGCCAUGGAGGAGGCAGUGAAGGUUGCGCAGACCAAAGCAGAGAAGGCUGCUGGAGAUUUAACUGGCUGCGAGGGUUCCCAGAAAUCUGGUGCUGAUCAGCAGGCAGCAGAGGAAACAAACUUGGGCAACCUCAAAGCUCAAACUGAGAAGGAGACGACAGAGUGGAACGCAGAACUAGAUCGACUGAAAAAGCAGCUGACAGAAAAAAGUCCAGUGUGUAACUUCUUGAAAGAGUACCCAGACCAAAUAAAGACUAUGUGUGGCAUUAAAGAAGAGCCAAAGGCAGAGCCUCCCAAACAAGAGGAGAAAAAGGCAGAACCCCCCAAACAAGAGGAGAAAAAGGAAGAGCCCCCCAAACAAGAGGAGAAAAAGGAAGAGGUGAACCCCGCCAAAGAGAGCAGCAGAUCGACAACAGCUGCUCCGUGA